AGGAGAAGAAGAAAUGUCCCGCUGUUCUUUUAAACCGAGGCGGGACAUUUCUCUGGCUCAGUCUGGUCGCUGUAGUUCAUCUUAAAACAUCAUUAACUUGAACAGGCCGUUGCCAACAUGGUGAGAACUAAAGCCGACAGCGUUCCUGCAUCUUAUAGAAAAGCUGUUGCAGCUGCAGCUCCCAGGAAGAGUCUGGGCUCCAGUUCCGCCAACGCGUCCUCCAGCAGCCAGUGCUCCACACCAGCUAAGAACAAAUACGCCGGAGGAAACCCGGUGUGUCCCCGUCCCACCCCCACCUGGCAGAAGGGCAUCGGGGACUUCUUCGGCGGCCCCCCCAGGAAGCCGGAGAAGGAGAACCAGAGGCCCCUGGAGGUGGAGGACGACGAGGAGGCUGGAGGCAGCGGCGUUUCCAAGCCCAGCAGGAAGUCCCGGCCGCUUCCCGCUGAGGACGAGGACGAGGACGACAACUGAACCAUGAAGACUUUGUCCCGUUUUCUGUCUUCUCUCAGAAUUGUUCCCGUUUUAAUGUACAUCUGUAUAUAAUUCUAUUCAUUUCAGUUUGUAUAGUUCAAUAAACGUUUUUCUAUUGUUUUUAAAA